ACGAUGAAUUAUAUCAGUGAGAGAGUCACAUCGGUACCGACAGGAAGCUAGUAGAUGUUAAACUUUUUGUAUCUAUUUUUAAAGUGAAUCAGCCUAUAAUAAUCAACUAAAAUGUGUGUUUUGAAUGCCUUGUGCCUCUUUUGAUAAAACAAUGAUUAACACUGAUGCUGAAAAACUCUUAUAAGCGACAUUUUACAGUUUGUUGGAUGAAAAGCACAGCUAUUGUACAAUUAAAAGUGUGAGUGUAUAGGUGGUUGAAUGCACAGAAAUACCACGAAGUGUCAGUGUGUGUGUGUUAAAACAACCCCUAUGUUUUAUGCAGCUUUCCAUUGAUGUGUCCGGUGACUUGUGUACGAAAAGAAUAAACGGGAUAAAGUUGGAAAUAUGCGAUCCAUUUUUGUUUACGAUAUAAGUCAAUGCACUUGUAUAAUAAAUAUCUACGAUACAUGUUAAACGCAAGUGAAUCCAACGCUAAAAAGCUUGGUUGAUAAAUGAACGGAUAGGUCGAGGAAAACCUACAAAGCACUUUUCUUUUAUAACAGGAAAACUGUGUAACUGAACUCGUGAAUGGUAGUAUUUGUUAGCAAUCCUUCGAUCUUCUGGACCCAAUGAAAUACAUGAUGUAAUGAUGAAGUGACGUAAUCAAUUUGUUUCCUCUACCUAAAAUGGAACUACGUGUAUUCCGUAAGGCAACAUUUGCUGUUGCCGCUAUCUAUGCUAUGCUAUGGCAUUGCAUUAGUGGUUACAUGGUUGUAGUUACAGAAAAUGAUGAGCCUGGAAAAGUUGUAUUCAACGCAUCUGUAUACAAACUCGGAUCUGAAAGGCAUUAUAGGAUAAACGCACAUAAGACAGCAUAUUUUGUGCAUCAUUUGCUCAAAGUCGACGCACACAAUGGACAGAUACGACUCAAGAAAUACGUAAAAUGUGACGGGAUUCAUUACCCAAAUCUAUUCACUUUUUACGUAGACUCAAUUUCAAGUAGACUUUGGAGCAUAGAUUACUAUAGCUUGCCAUUAAGAAUUUUUAUUUCUGGUAUGAACUGUACAGACGAUAGAGCAGUAGAAACUUCUCAAAAAAUAUUCGAAGAAGAUGACACUGGCUAUAACCGCCGGCGGCGAAGACAAACGCCAGAAGACAUUGAUUUCCGAAUGUAUGGUCAGUAUAUUGGAAAUGAUCUUAUAGAUUAUUCUUUUGAAUAUCCGUGGCUCGAUCGUCGUUCAGUAACCAAUUAUUCUAGCUUUCAAGAUGGUGAUAUUUUGUUUGACAGUACAGAAAAAAACAAAUUUCGUCACAGUUUACUUGAGCGAAAGAAACGUGGACUGGUUGAAACUGGUGACCAGCGAAUGCAUAGAAAAAUCAAUGAUGCUAAACAAUGGAUUUCGGAAACUUUCGCUUCAUAUGCCAUUCACACAACCGAUAAAUGGAACAAUAUUUGCCUUAAAAAAUCUCAAUAUAUUAAUUCGAUUAACGCAUUUUUGCCAAAAACUAUUUUACAAUAUUGUAGUGUUAAAUAUUUGGAUGUUAACGAUGGCCGUUUUAAAAUUGAACCACAAUCAGGUGAUUUAGUAGCAAGCGACGAUGUAUGCAUAUUAGAAUCACUUUGGAAAGUAGCCGUAACCUACAAUGUAAAAUGUGAUCGAAUGGAUAUUAUAGAUGCUGAUCAUCGAUUAAAAAUAGUUUAUCACCAUGAGGAGCUGAAUGACACCGAUAUUGCGAAACGUGUCAAACGUGAAUUAAGAAACCAAAGUCCAUACUUCGAGCAAGCUUUAUAUGUAGCUUCAGUUCAGGAGGAACAACCGCCGGGUAUAGCAGUUACUACAGUCCGUGCUCGGGAUCCGGAAGACUCCCCAGUUGUUUACACAAUGAUAUCCUUACUGGAUUCACGAUCCCAGUCCAUGUUUAAAGUGGAUGCGAGAACUGGAAUUGUAACUACAGCUGCCAGUCUAGAUCGUGAACUUAUGGAUGUGCAUUAUUUUCGAAUUGUUGCAACUGAUGAUAGUUUUCCGCCACGCUCUGGCACAACGACCCUUCAAGUAAAUGUUUUAGAUUGCAACGAUCACGCACCUACAUUUGAGUCUGGAGAAUUUCAAGCUGCCAUACGUGAGGGGGCUAGUGUAGGAUCGACUGUAAUUACCAUUAGAGCAACCGAUCAGGAUAUUGGAAAAAAUGCGGAUAUCGAAUAUGCAAUUGUCAGCAUCAAUAGCGAUGAUGUAACGAUUGCGGAGCAAAACACUAAUACGUUUCGCAUUGAUGCUCGUACUGGAACAAUAUCGACGCGCAGUGCACUCGAUCGAGAAACAGCAGGAAUGUAUACUAUUGUUGUAACUGCAACAGAUCAAGCUAGUCCUCAAGUAGAAAAAAAAUCAGCAUCAACAACAGUUUAUGUGAAAGUGCUUGAUGACAACGAUAACUAUCCACAGUUUAGUGAAAGAACGUAUACUGUCCAAGUGAAUGAGGACCAAUGGGCGAACGAAAACAACGUUAUUGCCCAUAUUCAAGCUACAGAUGCUGAUCAAGGAAUCAAUGCUGCGAUUAGGUAUGCGAUCAUUGGUGGGAACACACAAUCUCAGUUUUCCAUCGAUUCAAUGAACGGAGAUGUGUCUCUUGUGAAACCACUGGAUUAUGAAAGCGUGCGUAGCUAUCGAUUGGUUAUCCGAGCACAGGACGGAGGCAGUCCUUCACGUAGUAAUACCACUCAACUUUUGGUUAAUGUUCUAGAUGCAAACGAUAAUGCGCCUCGUUUUUACACGUCGCAGUUCCAAGAGGCUGUUUUAGAAAGCGUACCUGUUGGGUAUAAUAUUGUAAGGGUCCAAGCGUACGAUUCUGAUGAGGGGUCAAACGCUGAGAUUUCAUACAGCAUACAAGACAGAGACGAUAAUCUACCCUUGGCAAUAGAUACAAGAACUGGGUGGAUUCACACCACAAAACCAUUAGAUCGGGAAGAUCAGAGUCGAUAUAGCUUCCAUGUGGCUGCUCUGGAUGGAGGAAUUCCACCAAAAUCAGCGAGCACCUCGGUUGUGGUAACUAUACAAGAUGUCAAUGACAACGACCCUACCUUUAGUCCAAAAUAUUACGAAGCGACUAUCGCAGAGGAUCAACCCCCAGGGACACCGGUAGCGACAGUAACCGCCACUGAUCCUGAUGAAGAUUCGCGACUACACUAUGAAAUCACGGCGGGAAACACAAGAGGUCGAUUUUCAGUUACAUCGCAAAAUGGACGCGGUCUUAUAACGAUUGCUCAAUCGUUGGACUACAAACAGGAAAGAAGAUUUGCCCUCACAAUAACAGCAACCGAUAGUGGUCAACGAACGGACACAGCUAUCGUAAACAUCAACAUAACAGAUGCCAACAAUUUCGCUCCAGUAUUUGAAAAUGCCCCUUAUACUGCCUCAGUUUUUGAAGAUGCUCCGAUAGGCACAACAGUGCUAAUAGUUUAUGCGAUUGACAGCGAUGUAGGCGUCAAUGCUCAGAUAACAUAUAUGCUUAACGAUGAAUCUGUAAAUGGUAUUGGGUCAAACGAACCGUUCAGCAUCAAUCCACAAACGGGGGCAAUAAUAACAAACGCGCCGUUAGAUAGGGAAUCGAUCAGUGGCUAUUUACUAACAGUAACUGCAAAGGAUGGCGGAAAUCCAUCAUUAAGCGACACCACUGAUGUAGAAAUAAGCGUCACAGAUGUCAAUGAUAAUGCUCCACAAUUUAAAGUUCCACUUUACCAGGCGACAAUUCCAGAGGAUGCACUUAUAGGGACAUCAAUUACACAAAUAGCUGCCACUGAUAUUGAUAUGGGCUUAAACGGAAGAAUUAAAUACACUCUAAGUCUCAAAGAUGUUGAGGAUGGCUCUUUUAUAGUGGAUCCAGUUUCUGGCGUUAUUCGUACUAAUAAAGGUCUCGAUCGGGAAAGCAUUCCCAUUUAUCAUCUAACAGCAUAUGCGACAGAUAAAGGAACUCCAACUCUCAGCAGUUCGGUUGAAGUUCAAAUUCGCUUGGAUGAUGUGAACGACUCACCUCCAACGUUUUCAAGUGAUAAAAUAAUCUUAUAUGUACCAGAAAAUAGCCCGGUGGGGUCGGUAGUCGGUGAAAUUCACGCGCAUGAUCCAGAUGAAGGUGUCAAUGCGAUUGUACAUUAUUCAAUAAUCGGCGGUGAUGAUUCAAAUUCGUUUUCACUGAUCACCAGGCCAGGUUCCGAAAGAGCCCAACUUCUAACAAUGACUGAGCUGGAUUACGAAUCAACGAAAAAACGAUUUGAACUGAUUAUAAGAGCAGCUAGUCCACCGUUACGAAACGACGUUCAUGUGGAAGUACUUGUAACAGAUGUGAACGACAACGCACCUAUGUUAAAAGACUUUCAGGUGAUUUUCAACAAUUUUAGGGAUUGUUUUCCUAGUGGUGUCAUUGGAAAAAUACCAGCGUUUGAUGCUGACGUCACCGAUCGUUUGACGUACCGAAUACUGUCGGGCAACAAUGCGAAUUUAGUAAAAUUGAAUAGUUCAACCGGUGGUUUAACAUUAAGUCCACAAUUAAAUACCAACGUUCCAAAAUUUGCUGCAAUGGAAGUAUCAGUGACAGACGGUAUUAAUGAAGCUAAAGCCAUUAUGCAACUAAUCGUGCGUUUAGUAACCGAAGAUAUGUUAUUCAAUUCAGUAACUGUUCGUCUUGAUGAAAUGACGGAAGGAGCAUUCUUAUCACCGUUAUUAAACUUCUUUCUUGAUGGACUAGCAGCCAUUAUCCCAUGCCCCAAAGAAAACAUAUACCUUUUUUCCAUUCAAGAUGAUACGGACGUCAAUAGUCGCAUAUUAAAUGUUAGCUUUUCAGCUCGUCGCCCUGAUGUAUCUUUUGAGGAAUAUUACUCUCCUCAAUACCUGCAAGAAAGAGUAUAUCUUAAUAGAGCCAUUCUAGCCAGACUAGCUACUGUUCAAGUAUUGCCGUUUGAUGACAACCUUUGUGUUCGAGAGCCGUGUCUAAACUACGAACAAUGUCUGACUGUUCUUAAAUUUGGAAAUGCGUCUGGUUUCAUCAGUAGUGAAACAGUUUUAUUUCGGCCGAUAUAUCCAGUCAACACCUUUGCUUGCAAAUGUCCCCAAGGUUUUACAGGCAGUAAAGAACACUAUUUAUGUGAUACAGAAGUAGAUUUAUGCUACUCCGAUCCUUGUUUGAAUGGUGGCAGCUGCAUUCGGAGAGAAGGUGGAUAUACUUGCAUUUGUGGGGAGCAAUAUACUGGUGUUGAUUGUGAAACACAAAUUCGAAAUCUAAAGCCAUGUGUAACUGAUACUUGCAGUGAUGGAUAUAGUUGUUUAACUCACACGCUGAAUACUCCACGUAACCCUUCUUACACACGAACUUGUGAACUAUCAUCAAGGUCAUUUACAAGACAUUCUUUCCUAACUUUUCCGAGUAUGAGACAGAGGCAUAGAUUCAAUAUAAAACUGAGUUUUGCAACGGUCCGCGAUAACGGUUUGCUUCUGUAUAAUGGGAGAUACAAUGAACAACAUGACUUCAUUGCACUGGAAGUUAUCAAUGCGAGAAUUGUAUUCUCAUUUUCACUCGGCGAUAAAAUAGAAUCGGUUACAGUGGAUCAGGACAAAAGAAUAUCGGAUGGAAAUUGGCAUUCCAUUGAAGUGAACUACUUUAAUAGAACUGUCGUACUGUCGGUUGAUAGUUGUGACAAGGCAUUGGCAUUAGCGAAUCUUGGUCAAAAAUGGAAUUGUGCAAACCAGACUACAAUGGUACUAAAUCGGAAGUGUGCAUCGUUGACCGAGUCGUGUCACCGAUUUUUAGACCUUACAGGUCCUUUGCAAAUUGGAGGACUGCCAAAAAUAUCGACGCAUUUUCAAAUUCAAUCGCACGACUAUAUUGGAUGUAUUUCAGAUGUGUACAUUGAUCAUAAGUACAUUGACCUAAAUGCUUUCAUUGCUGACAACGGAACAGUAGCAGGAUGCCCGCAAAAAUCAGCAUCAUGUGCUUCAGAGCCAUGUUUUAAUGGUGGUACUUGUCGAGAAGGAUGGGGUGAAGGAUGGGAAUGUGACUGUCCUGAUGGGUUCACCGGAAAUGCUUGCCAGGAAUCAGUUACCCUACCUUGGCGCUUCAAUGGUGAUGGAAUUUUAAGUUUUAACCCUUUACUAAGACCAAUUCAAUUACCGUGGCUUACAGCAUUAUCUAUAAAAACCAGACAAAAAGAUGCGUUUUUAAUGCAAGUUCAAGUUGGUCAGAAUAGUUCAGCUAUAAUUUCACUACGAGAUGGGAUACUGUAUUAUACUUAUAAUUCAGAACCAAUGUUCCUAGCCGGCACAAAUCUUGCUGAUGGAACCUGGCAUCGAAUUGAAAUAAAAUGGCUUGGAACGGAAGUAUCACUUUCUGUAGACUACGGUCAACGUACAGGAGUACUACCAAUAACGCAAAAAAUACAGGGACUAUACGUUGGACGGAUAGUUAUAGGAGGGUCCGAAAGUACUAGCACUGCGUACGGGAAUUAUGGAUAUUACGAGGGAUGCAUUCAAGAUAUUCGCAUCGGUGGUAGCCAAUCGGUUUUAAACAGACCAACAAUCCGUGAAAACGUUAUUGAUGGAUGUAAAUCCAACUCGAAAUGCCCAGAUAACUGUCCAGAACAUUCCCGCUGCGUAAGCAGUUGGGAUGAAGCGCACUGCGAAUGUGUUCAUGGAUUUGUUGGGGAAGACUGUUUACCAGUUUGUACAGUUAAACCGUGUGAAGAUAACAGUUUUUGUCGCGCUGAUUCUGCAUCUAAUAGAGGUUACCGAUGCGAAUGCAACAGUACUGUUAGCUCCGGAGAAUAUUGCGAAAUAAAAACUCAACAGCCCUGUCCAGCUGGAUGGUGGGGAGAACGAGGUUGUGGACCUUGUAAGUGCAAUCUAAAACAAGGUUAUCAUCCCGAUUGUAAUAAAACCACUGGUCAAUGCUACUGCAGAGAAAAUCACUAUCAACAGUCGAAUGAUUCUGCCUGUUUGCCAUGUGAAUGUUAUGCAGUGGGUUCUCAUGGAAAAUCAUGCAACAGUUCUGGGCAGUGCGAAUGUCGAGAUGGAGUAAUUGGUAGGCGGUGUGAUUCAUGUUCUAAUCCCUACGCUGAAGUUACAUUUCAUGGUUGCGAAGUGGUUUACGAUGCUUGCCCGAAAUCUUUUUCAGCUGGUCUCUGGUGGCCUAGAACAACGUUUGGUGAAAUUUCAAUAGAAAAUUGCCCUCUCCCUGCUAGAGGAAAAGGAACACGGAAAUGUGAUUUAAUUCAAGGCGGCUGGGGACAGCCCGAUAUGUUCAACUGUACAUCAGAACAAUUUCUGGAUCUUCGCAAACAGCUUUCGCAAAUUGAGUCUGAAGGGUUAGAGUUGAACACAUUUGUGUCGGUUAAGAUUGCCAGCACGUUGCAGAAUGCUUGUGAGAUCGUAGGUCGCGCUAGAGAGAUGAAUCGUGAAGAAUCAAAUCGCAUGAGAAACAUGUAUACUUUAGAAACUUCCUACGUUUCGAGAAAUAUGUUUUGGCAAUCAGAAGAUUGGGAUUUUGAUUAUUUAAGUGAUAUGCAACAUAAUAAUGAAGGUAAAUUAUAUGGAGCAGAUCUACUGAUAACAGAACGAUUGUUACACGAACUAAUUAAUUAUGAAAUACACCAAAAAGGUUUGAAUUUAUCACACAGUCAGGAUAAGCAUUAUAUCAGAAAUCUGGUUGAAAGUGCAGGAUGUAUAUUAGAUCCACGUUAUCACCAUGAAUGGAAACGAGUUACUGAUCUCACCCAAAGGGGGCCAAAUGAUCUAGUUGAGGUACUCAACAGAUAUAUGUAUGUUCUUGGAAGUACACAGCACGAUACCUACACGAACCCAUUCGAAAUAGUACAUGAGAAUAUAGCGCUUGGCAUGGACGUUGUAACUACUGAAUCACUGUUUGGUUACGAACCGCAAUUGUUGAAUGAGUUCUACCAUCAAAACAAUAAGGUGAAUCUGUUUACAACAGAAAGUGUAAUAUUACCAGAUACAAGCUCAUUCCUACAACAAUCAAAUAAGCACAAGCAGCUGCAAAUUACGUUCCCAAAAUACAACAAUUACAUUCAAGACAAAAGCAAAUUUGAUCAACACAGUAAAAUUGUGAUACCCCUUGACAUGUUAGGUAUAUCACCACCUGACAAAAAUGAGGUGUCUGAUUCCAUCAACGAUCAUCGAGCAAUUGUGUGCUAUGCGCAGUACAAAAACGUGGGAUCGAUUUUUCCUGCUAAUUUUGAUGAAACAAUCACACGACGGUGGGGUAUUGAUGUCCAAAUUGCCAGCGCAGUGAUAUCACUAGUCAUUCUGGUACCUGACAAAACUAAGAAUGUGGAGUCCAAAAUGGCAACAAAUGAGCAUCUGAGUUCUAUGGAAAAGAUUAGUAAGAAAGAAAUAGAUAUUUUCAAUUCUCCAUUACAUGAGCAUGCCAGCGAAAAAUUGACGAAUGAAAUCAAAAUUUCAAUCCAUGAUAUAAAUGAACACGAACAACUCUUAGACGAUCAUCAUGAAAUGGUGAUGAGUUUUGAUAAAAAUCCUUUUGAAGUAUCAAAUCCGCCUGAUACAGUCGUUUUAUCACCAUUAAUCGCUCAAAGUGACACUAAAGGCGAACAAGAUAAACGAAAGUAUAUUAAUUUAAAAAAACGCAGCCUGGUUCAACAAUUUACUCAUGAUACAGAUGACAAUACCGAUGAUAAUAUACAAUUGGAAUAUAAAUCGUUGGGAAAUCCUCAUCUUCCUCAACCUAUCAAACUGCAAAUGUGGCUGCAAAUUCCUAGAAAUUGGUUUGGACCUCGUUCAAAUCCGCAAUGCGUGCGUUGGAAUAACCAUCUUAAUAUGUGGACUCGAUUAGGAUGUCAAACCGAAAUUCCAGAUUAUGAUUUGCUAGCGUUCAAUAAAACAAUUCUCAUCAAUUGCACAUGUAGUCAAGUAUCCAGUUAUGCCGUUCUGGUGGAUGUGAUCGAUCCAGAGGAUAUUCCCGAACCAUCCCUACUUGUUCAGAUAACAUCGUAUUCGGCUUUUCUCAUGUCGUUACCGAUGCUUUUUGUCGUGAUUUUAUCGUUAGCUUUACUUCGAGGUCUUCAAACCAACUCCAACACUAUUCAUCAGAAUAUGCUUCUUUGUAUAUUCGUAGCGGAAUUGCUUUUCUUCGCUGGAAUUCAAGCUCGCCGAGAAUUAGUUGAUAAUGAGUUUUCAUGCAAGUUAAUGGCUAUAGCAAUGCAUUAUGCAUGGCUGGCAGCCUUUGCAUGGACGACAGUCGACUGCGUACAUCUUUAUCGUAUGUUGACCGAAAUGCGAGAUAUUAACCACGGCCCAAUGGGAUUCUACCAUACUUUGGGAUAUGGAGCUCCAGCACUGUUGGUGGGACUUUCUGUUGGUGUUCGUGUGCACGAAUAUGGAAAUAACAUUUUUUGUUGGCUUUCCGUAUACGAAUCAGUUAUCUGGUGGCUCGUGGGACCAAUCGUAGUGAUGUCAACAGCUGAUCUACUCAUAUUGUUUUUGUCUGUAAAAGCUGCAUUUACAAUAAAGGAUCAUGUCAUGGGCUUUGGAAACUUGCGUACUCUACUAUGGCUUUCAGUUGUUUCUCUUCCUUUAAUGGGAAUUAUGUGGGUACUGGCAGUUCUUGCUGCUUCCGAGAGCUCACAACUUCUGAAAAUUUUAUUGUCAGCAACUGUGAUUAUACAUGCUUUUUUCUCUGUGGUUGGAUAUUGUGUUAUCAACAAACGUGUUCGUGAAAAUUUGCAUAGAACUUUCCUAAGAUGCAUGGGUCGGAAAGUUCCUUUAUUGGAUUCUUCACUGGCAAUCAGCAAUAGCUCCCAAAAUGUUGGUCAAACUGCUAAAACAUCAGGAUUCGCAAACCAGUAUGAUACAGCUAGGCGUAAUGUUGGAAUCAGCACUUCCAGUACCACUUCUAGAAGUACUGCUAAAACCAGUUCUAGCCCUUAUAGAAGCGAUGGCCAGUUCCGAAAUACAUCAACAACGACCUCGAACUACAAUUCGAACAGCGACGGGGUGCCGUCAUACAUGCGAGGUUAUGACGGUAGCACAAUGAGAAAAAUUAAAGAAGUUGGAGACAAUUAUCGAAAGGGAAGACGUCAUAAACGUGACUCGGAUUCAGGAAGUGAAACCGACGGUCGGAGUCUGGAACUUGCUUCUAGUCAUUCUAGUGAUGAUGAAGAAUCACGUGUUGGUCGAAAUAGUAGCACACAUCGCAGCACUGGAGUAUGUUCCGUAUCGUAUUUGCCAAACAUCACUGAACAUGUUACUACUACACCGCCUGAACUGAAUGUUGUACAAAGCCCACAGCUCUUUCCUAAUGUAAAUGCAACUCGAUGGUCAAGUCAGGUUCCCGAUUCUUAUGUACCUGGUCAAAAUGUUGGGCGGUGGUCUCAAGAAACAGGGUCAGAUAACGAAAUUCAUCCUCACAAUUUUGGCACAAACAUUGUGUUGUCCAAUCCAGAUAUAACCGAUACCUCAUAUUUACAUCAAAAUCGCAUAAAUAUGGCACCAUCUAUAUUGGAAAAUAUUCAAGAAAACUACACAUAUUCUAAUCAGGAUUUGAGAUGCGACAGAUACAGUAACCACGAUAGUGAAAAAUGUAUAGAUGAGUACAGAGACUAUGAAAUAAAUCAGCGUGGUUUGCUUCCAUAUCUACCUAGUGGCAUAAGCCAGCUUUCUGAUUCUACACAAGUGAUUAACCAUAUGCGCUCGUAUAAUAAUGACAAUGCUUACAUUCUAAAAGAUGCAAUUCAAGAUCGUUGUAGAACGUUGGGUUACAAGACUGAAUCUCCAUAUAUGUCUAAAGAACGCAUUGCCUCUGAACUAUACAGUCCCCGUUCGGAUAAUCAUGGCUCAUUUAAGUCCAGUGUUCAAUCACUUCUCAAGAACGAUUACCAGCGUCAUAAGCAGGGAGCAGAUUCUGACCGCAUGUCAGAAGGUUCGGAUAAAAAUCCCUACAACUUUCCAUAUACAGCUGAAGAAGAUCAUUCCAGUCAUACAGUUACGAGACCAAAUGAAGGUAGUUCAAAUAGUCAUCACUCUAAUAGUGUUUCGUCCUUACAACCUAUGGCUGCCUUGACUGCCCUCAACGAUAAUAACGAAUGGUGUUGGGAUCGAUUGAAAAGUCUCGACUAGGAAAUAAUGUUAAAUGGGAUGUUUCAAAGGUAUGGAAAAUAAUAGUGCAAUAACAGAGAAUAGAUGCCCAUUAAAGAACAAAGUUAUACGAAAUAUCUAAUAUUGUAAAAAUCAAAAAGGAUGGUAGCAAAUCAUUUAAUAUAUGUGCUUCCACAUCCAGCAAUUUAUGACUAUAAAAUACAAGCUACGAAAAUCCUCUAGUACAUAAUGCACGAUUUCUAUUCAAUUCGAAUAACACCAGAUUUGAUGAACAUUGUAAAAAAUCUCUUUGAUGGAUAUCUGUUUUUUGUGGCUAUUAUAUAUAAUCUUAAACUGGUUUAUUGGUUAAGCAAAGUAAAACCCUAGAUUAAAUCAAAUACUUGAAAGUUUAUUGUAAAAUUGUUUUUUUUUUUCAACUGUGCAGGGUACAGAAGUAACAAUCAUUAUUAGUUUGUCAAUUAAUACUUACAUUCUUGCUUGCAUAGAUGCAUAUUUUCGAACCUUCUAAUAUGAGAUCAUCAAACAAAUACUCAGACAGGACCGAUAUUAUUCUCAUUGUUAUCAACCAUUAGAUAUCGCAUGAUAACAUAAAUAUUACUUAAGUGUCCUAAUAGUAUUCCUUAAAUAGUGAAUUAAAGCGUUAAACAAACUGGUGCGUGAAAUGGCACCAUAUUUGUCUAUUUCUGAUAAAAUAAUUGAUGCGUCUUAAUUAGUUCACGUCACACAUGUGUAAGGAGUAGAAAAGCGUUACAAACACAGGCUUUCGGAUUGCUACACAAGGAUUUAUCAAGGCUACAAACUAAUUUUAUUUCGUAAGGCUCGAAUACAUAGUGUUUAAUAAAAAAUGAAUCGUAUAAUAUUGAUCAUACAUUUCAAUCAACAUAUGGGUCAUUCCAUACGAAGUGUAAAUACCACUUGGACACGACCAUCACAGAUUUUGCUCAAAGUUGGGGGGAUUAUU